UGCUUUUGUAUGGCUGCUUACUCUUUCAACAACUUUUCAUCUGGGAAUUGUUACUCUAGUAUCUUUGAUCCAUUUUCGCUUGAUUUGGGACCAUACAAUGGAAGCUCCCGUGGUGGGUCUUUGUCAGUGUCGGUGUCACAGUCCUUGGUUUUGGAUAGUGAGAAAGAAGAGCUGGUGAAGGAUCCGUUGAAAGUAGGGAAGAAAACGGUUCCGGAAGAAAAGAUUACAGCGGCUUUGAAGAGUCACAGCGACGCAGAGAGGAGGAGAAGAGAAAGAAUCAAUGCUCAUCUCGAUACGCUCCGCACCCUCUUGCCCUGCAAACAAAAGAUGGAUAAAGCGACAUUACUUGGUGAAGUGAUUAAGCAGUUGAAAGAACUGAAGAAUAAUGAGACUGAAGCCAGCAAAGGGUUAUUUGUUCCGAUGGACGACGACGAGGUGAGCGUUGAACCAUGUAGUAUGGACGAAGCCGAUGGGAUGGUUUGUUUUAAAGCAUCGAUCUGUUGUGAUUAUAGACAUCAACUUCUGACUGACCUACGACGAGCUCUCGAUGCACUUCCCUUUCAAAUUAAAUUUGUGAAAUCAGAAAUAUCGACGUUGGGAAGUCGAUUGAAGAAUGAUUUUGUUUUCACGACCGGCUGCAGAAGUAGUAGCAUUGUUGAUGACGAUGGUUAUAAUACCGAUGCAUGGCGUUUUAUUGCAUGUUCAAUUCGGCAGGCAUUGGAUUCUGUCCUGGAGAAGGCUUCUACUUCACUGGAGUUCGCCCCAUUGUUGGCAUUCCCGAACAAGAGGCGAAGUAUCUCUUACAUUGAUUCCUCAAACUCAUCUUCAUGUUCCAAAAAGGAUUAGCCUUCUUUCGUUUUGUGUUAACGGGUGUCAAAACUGUUAUUUCUGCUACAUAUGUUUGUAUGAUAUGUGCAAAUGUUGGUUUGAAA